AUGACUGGGCCGAGUGAGCAAGGGCCCCCCGACACACCCCCAGCUGCCAGACUGCAAGCACACGAGGGUGCACGAUGGAUGCUGGAUGCUGGAUGGUGGAACCAAGAGAGGACGAAGAGUCAGAUCCAAGGAAAGGAAGAAGAGAAGAAGCCAAAGCCAAAGAGAGGACGACCGGGGAGGAACAAGAGGAACCAGACUGGGAGCGGUGGUCCCUUAAUAUUCUGGUGCUCGUUCGGAGAAUGGCCGGAAGUGAAAGGAGGGGAUGCGGGUGGGACAGCGAUGGGAAGCCGCGAUAAUCCAUCAUCAUUGGCUUCCAAGAACUUAAGGUUUAUCCCGUUAUACCACUCGCCCGAGAAGCCUGUUCCUAGGCCCCCGCCCAGGCCAAAACGGUGCAGGCGAAUAUGCAUUGCGGCAGCAGCGGUUAGUCCCCGGAAGAUGGAUGGCGAGCUUCAUACUGGAUGGCCUUGUUCGCGGCAGAGGCAAUCGGGCGAUCCUCCAUGCUCUAAUUCCCGAUCCGUAAGGGAUUGUCCCCGGCCAAUCAUCACUGUUCAUGUGUCAGUGUCAGUGUCAACUGAAACUUUGCAGUGCGGAGAAAAAGGGAUUUGCAGGCUCUGGGAGCAGCGUUACGCACGACCUGCUGCUCGUUCUCAUCUAACUUUGUGCAUUAGACUCAAUUGCUACCUUGAUUGGCAGCCCAACCAGCUUCGUUUGGCCUUGAACGACGGGUCCAAAAGGCAGCCUAGUGGCAGUGUCUACCUAAUUAAGCGUGGUUUCAGUCUCUCGGAACGAGGCAGCUUAUUGACUCUAUUCCGCGUAGGGUAUUCCCAGAGACGCAUCAUGCGCCGUCUGCAGAAAAAGAAAACAUCAAGUUCUCGAACGGCCGCCGUCCAAGUGUCGUCAGACGAGUCUCCUGACAUUCGGCGGAUGGCGUGCUCCGUACCUUCUCCCCGGAUCAAGACCGCGGAGAAGGAUCUUUGGUCCAGGAACGCAAACUUAAGAUACUGA